GGGGACUCUUACACUACUCUAAACAUUUAGCUGUGUGAUAGAUUGUGCGUGCCCUUCACAGUCCCUGUUUACUGAGUGUUUGGGAUAGCCAUGAAAUUACCAGGGUCAACCUCCUGCUUGUUAUUUUUAUUGCUAUUGGUGGAAAUUCCUGUCCUGACAGUGUCUCGUCCAACUCUUAUGAAACGUCACAAGGAUGGUUUGACAAAGCUGUUUCAGCAGAUCUAUUUGUUGAGAAGUGCAGCACAUGAAGCUGUGCAUCAUCUUGACACCAGUUUACCCUUCGAGCACAACUUUACAUCUCUGCCUGCUUUAAACUUAAGGGCAAAAGACCUAGCAAAACUGAAGGCAAACAGCACCCUUUCACAGCUUCAUUCAGGCCUCCACUCUUUCAAGCUUCACUAUGACUGGCUGCUGUACUGGCACAACCAGUCGGGUUUGGUGUCAGAUAGAAUCCAGAAAAUUUCAUAUGCAAUCCAUUCUAUCACCGUUUUCGCACAAAGUCUGACAGAUUCUCCUGCACAAAAUACAUCUCUCUCUUUGCCUCCUCUUACAUCUGCCUGGGAUUUAAACAGUUCAUCUGCAGUAAUUCAUAAGAGACUACUGAAUUUCUGCAGCUGGUAUCUUAGAGCUCUCCUGGUCCUCAUUUCCCAUGCUAACAGAUGAAAGCAAGAAAAGACGCUCGCAAGAACAUCAACGCAGCUAGAAUUUUAACUGUGAAGAUCUUGGAUCUGGAAGACAGCGGCCAGUUAUUUCUGCAUUUGCUAAUUUAUGUACAAAUUCCCUGUUUCUACAGUUAUAGCAGAUAUGUCUCAAACAGAUUUCACAGUUGACCAAUUUUUUUCACAGCUGGCUUUUAUUUAUGUUUUUAUUUUCCUAAAACAACUGUAAUUUUUAUAUUUAAUAUUUAAGUGUAUUUAUUGAAGAAUGUUUUGUUUACAGAAUGAAGUACUUUCUAAGUUUUAGGAAGCACUUUAUGUAUUUUUAUUUAAAGUGUACUUUUUAUGUAUACUUUAUGAAUACAUUUAUUUCUAAGAUUUUUUUUAAAGCUUAAAAAUAAAAUGUGU